UUGGACGUGAUGAGAAACAACAGCGUGACAUUCAGAGGAGUAGCGGGCAGGUCGCCAAGGCUUCUAUUAAUGCAACGAGGAUGGUUUGGCCCCGGUAGUGGACUGGACUGCUUUGACUGACAACAACUGGACGAGGUGUUUUUGGCAGCGAGCUGUCAUUUUGUUGUUGUUGUUUAGAGGGCGUUUUUCAGACUUUUUAAUCCAGCGUUUCUACAUUCACUGCAAACCUCCCCGCUGCACCACGUCAAUGAGGAAACUGUCACCUCUGCUUCGACUGAAACCACACUAUCGCUUUUACCUGACAAGGACUUUAUUUACAGUCGCAACCCACAUCGGAGAGAAGCAAACAUCCAAACUGCUGACUUGAGCUAGCUGCUGCAGGAGGACGCGCCGUGGCUAGUUAGCUAAGUUGGCUACGUGAAGAACUUUUGUUAGGACGCUUUCAACUUUGUAUAUCUGUCGUGUUUUAUCCCUGUGGUACUGGUCAGGAUCCUGGUUCUGGUCCAGUUAGAUGUACAAUAGAGAACAUGCAGGAUGAUGCAUUGUGCUGUUGUGAAAGUUAGCUAACAUUUAGCUUUGAAACGUGACUCACUCCCGGCUGGUUCAUGGAUGUAUCGCAGCGCUUCAUCGGGUGUUGUCUGGCUGACGCCUCUUCACUGAGUCUCUGCAGAUGAGUCGUGUGUGACUGAAGAGAAGACUUUGUGUUGUGUGAAGCCCUGGAUCAAAGACUGAAUCCUUUUAUUUGACUGAAACACUUGGAUUUUAACACAGUAAGAGGAACAUGGGGUCUCUGAAGGCUCUGCAGGAGUGGUGUCGGAUCCAGUGUGAGAAUUACAACGAUGUGGAAGUCAGGGACAUGUCCUCGUCCUUUCGGGACGGUUUGGCAUUUUGUGCCAUAAUACAUCGUUACAGACCAGAGCUCAUAGACUUUUGUUCGUUGUCCAAAGAAAAUGUUUACGAGAACAACCGACUGGCGUUUGAAGUGGCGGAGACACAGCUUGGGAUUCCGGCCCUGUUGGAUCCAGAAGACAUGGUGUCCAUGAAGGUUCCUGACCGGCUCAGCAUCAUCACGUAUGUCUCCCAGUACUACAACUUCUUCAACAACAAGUCACAAGCAAACCCUCCGUGCAUGAAAAGGCUGAGUUCUGCUGGUUUUAAUGAGCCGGCUCAGAAAAAGCCUGCAGCCCUCUUGGAGGACAAAGUUGUUGAGUCUGAGCCAAGCAAGCCUGCGCAGACAGGUGUGGGAGUGGUUUCAGAAGUCACUCGCAUCACACUCAGCAGCACCUGUGCCGCCUGCCAGAAACACGUCCACCUGGUGCAGAGGUUUCUGGUGGACGGCAAGCUCUACCAUCGCAACUGCUUCAGGUGCACGCAGUGUCACAGCACUUUGCUUCCUGGAUCCUACAAAUUAGGAACCGACUCUGGGGCCCUGGUCUGCACCCAUCACCUUACAAGGAGUACUUUAGCCAAUCAGAAUGGCCGGCCAGAUCUCAGCAAGAGACCAGAGGUUGCUCAGUCUGCCAGGAUUGGUCGCAGCCCAGCUCCUCACAUGUCACCUUCUGACAGGGAUCAGACAAAGACUCCUUCUCCGGUAAGACAAGCAGACAAUACUGACACCGUUCAGGAUGACUCGGUCACAGUUUCUGCUGCGACAACAGAAGAACCAGCAUCUUUGGAAGAAGCAAAAGACAUUGAGAGUGCUGAAGAGACAGAGAAGGAACCACGUUCUUCCUCUCCUCCAAACCCUUUUGAUGAGAGCGAUGAAGAGGAGGAAGAGGAGGAGAAAGAGGAGGAUACCAAAACACAGGUCAAACUAACAGCAAACGGGGACCUCCCUUCUACACACGUCAGUCAACCUGAAGGUGCAGCUAAGCCGGUGCCAGCUCCCCGCAGGGUCUCAGAACCUACUCCUCCUCCUCGUCCUGCACCAAGAGUACGGCUGCCACGAGACAGUCUUUCAGUCGGUGAAAACAGGAAGCCUCCUACUCCUCCCAAACCUCGAGAAAGAUCUCACUCUCCUGGAAGCCUGUCCAGUGGCACCCAUAAACCCAAAGACCCACCUUGGCUCGCCCUGGUCCAAUCAGAAUCCAGGAAGAAGAAAGCCCCUGCCCCUCCCCCAGCCGGACUGGCAACCCCUCCCAAUACAGGCUCUAUGUCCUCUCUUAAAGGAGAGGAUUCCAGGACCGGCACACCCCCUCCGCCUGCCAACCCUUUCGAUGAUGACGAUGAUGAAGAUAACGAGGUCGAGGAAGAAGAAGUGCCCGAAGGAGGCGCAAUAUCAUCUACAGUUGUUGCUAGUCACCCAUGGUACCGCAUCACUCAGGCCGCUGACGCAGGAGGUGCAGAAACUCCUCCUAGUGGAGGAAGCUCAUCCCGCUCUGCCAGCCCUGGGAGCAGCAAGAGCAAGAAACGGCCGGCACCUCCAGCUCCACGGCCCCCUGCUGGAAACCAAGUUCUCUCUCCCUCUCAGCCCUCCUCUUGCUCUCCCUCUCCAGCUCUAAGCACAGAGAGCCUCUCCUCUGGCUCAGACCACAGCUCCUCCCAGCCCCCUUCAAGAGGCAGUGCCAGCAGCGACCAGCAACACGCCUUCACCAAAAGUGUUUCAGAGCCUUCCAUCUGCUCCCCGUGUGACCCCACGGCUCCAUCCUCAUCCUCAAAUGAGCAUCUGCUCCAACCCUCCCAGAGUCAUUACCCGUCUCCCAUGCCAUCCAAUGCCAGCUCAGCCCCAGCCACCCCGCAGACAAGUCGAAGCACGGGGACCAAAGGGAGCGGAGUCCCCCCACGGCCCCCCACUACACCCAGUCCUUUGGCCUCUGGAGCCAGCCACUCACACAAUAAGCGAAUAUGCAAGGAGAAUCCGUUCAACAGGAAAGCUUCUCCUUCCCCGGCUAAAUCCAAAACCAAACCACCUAAAGGUCCUCGACCUGCCAGACCUCCCGCACCAGGCCAUGGCUUCCCUCUGAUUAAACGCAAGGUUCAGUCAGAUCAGUACAUCCCAGUAGAGGACAUCCACGGGGAGAUGGGUCAACUGGAGAAGCAACUGGAUGAACUGGAGCAGAGAGGAGUGGAGCUGGAGAAGAAGCUGAGGGACAACCCUAAUGAUGAGGAUGAGGAGCACCUGUUGGUGGACUGGUUCACUCUGAUCCAUGAGAAACACCUUUUAGUGCGACGGGAAGCUGAGCUGGUCUACACAGCGAAGCAGCAGAACUUAGAGGAGAGGCAAGCAGAUGUGGAGUACGAGCUGAGGUGCCUUCUCAACAAACCAGAGAAAGACUGGACAGAUGAGGACAAGAGCCGGGAGCAGGAGCUGAUGGCUGAGCUGGUUACCAUCAUUGAACAGAGGAACCAGAUUGUCAACAACAUGGACCAGGACAGACAGAGGGAAGAAGAGGAGGAUAAACUGAUGGAAGCCAUGCUGAAGAAAAAAGAUUUCCAUAAGGAACCUGAGGCGGAGCAGCCCAAGAAAAAAGGGGCAAAGUUUAAACCCAUUAAAGUGCUGAAGAGGCUGAGCCAUAAAGGAGAGCCGGGCAAAAGCCACAGCCCCCGCAAGGAGAAGUCACCCUAGAAAAGACCAGCUCUCCCCCAAGAGGAUGUACUUCUUUUUUUUCUUUUAACAAGACUAAAGAACUUAUUAAAGGAUGUGAGGAAAAAAAUACAUCAGGAAGAAGAUAAUGUCUCCUUUAACCCAGAGUCCACCCCUGCCUCACAUCUCACUUCAAAGACUCUUUUCAAUUGCCUUUGUGUUUUAAAGAAACAAUAUCACAAGCCAACUGCUUAAAGAGAUAGCAUGCUUGUUCACUGGCCUUUGAAACAAGCAAAGUACAAAGUGAUUAAUGCACUGAUUUGUUGCUUUGCUAUUCAUUGCAUAGCGCCUCUGCCCUGUAGGCCUUUUAUCAAAGUUCAGCAAAGGUGUGAUCCAUUGCUUCCCAUUGGAUGAAGUUCAUCCCUGAUAUCUUUUAAUUUUUCUACAUGUUUUAACCUGGUCCUGACUUACACUCCUUCAAUACCUGUCUUCUCAUUUAUUCCAAAGGUCAGCAGGUAGAUAUGUGAGAAGAUUUCAUGUCGUGUUUUAAGACUGUGGUACCAAUGAAAAAGUCUUGCCUUCAGAUGAACUCUGCUUUAAAUUUUGCAACAUCGACCCUUGACACACAGUAUCAAGAAUGGAUACCCGAGCUCCUGUAGCUGCUAUGUUCUGAUUGUUGGUGUUUCACUUUGUUUCUUAGUUUCUUUGGUGGUAGCUUUGCAAAAGUGUCACUUAUGUAAAUGCAUAUCAUCUUGGAUGGAUGACGAAACCGUGUGUGUGUGUGUUUGUGUGUGUAAACCGCGAGCUCUGGGGAGGUUCUCUAAAAUCAAACACUGUCUAUUACAGAGUUUAAAGUAACAAAAGGUCAAACAUGCAUCAUUAAUAUUACAAAAGACGAACUUUCAGUAUUCUAACAGCUGUAGCAAAACAACAGUAUCACAUAUCGGGGAAACCUGAAUAUGCAAUCAUUAAUUUAUGUUUUACUCUGCCUUUCUGUGUUUCCAUGCUUUGCCUUUUUUUAGGUGGAGAGGAAACCAUGUUUCUAUUGACUGUACAAGUGCCAUUUAUUUAAUUGUUUAUGUUGACAAGUAUCAUUUUUUUGAGACAAUGUAAAUGUGGAUAUGUUAACUUGUUCUGUCCUGUCGUUAACAUCGUCUCUUUGUCCUCCAUUGUAAAUGGCUGAUCUGCCGUAUGUUUCUUCUCUGUGCCUGCGCUCACGUUCAGCUGGAACAGAGGGCUUCUGUAGCGCCACCUUUCUGUCAGCUUAACAUUGUCCUCAAACAGUAGUAAGCUUCUAAAGAAUACUGACACUGGAGGGCAGAGUAAUAAAGUAACUUAAUGCAAGAA